GACGUGUCGUCGGGAGCUCCGCAAACGUUCGGUGAGUGAAAAAACUUUUCACCAAGUGAUUCGACAAAAAGUGUUAUUUUCGACACCCAAACCCAGUGGCUGCCCCAAAAGCUGGUGAAUAAAAAGUCGGCCCAAAAGCGGGUGAAUAAUAAGUACGCUAAAGGGAGCAGCGGCACAAUAAAAAAAACUCAUCGCACUCCAUUCUGCACGUUACCGGCGAGUGAAGCGGGAUUAUUUUGUGGGACAGCAGCAAAAGCGGUCCGCAAUCAGACUGUCGAUAGUCGGAAGGUGCGGCAGACAAGCCGGAGCGAGUACCGAAGAGCUCGAGAUCAAAACAGCCGGAAGUGCCGAGGAUAUAGGCACGAAGCUGCUGAGGGAUCGGGACAAAGGAGCCCGAGGGCGCUGGGAUCGUGGUUGCGCAGCGGUGCCCAAACCGAUGACUGCUGUGCUAAGAACUGGCACUUCCGAACAUCGCGGGACGGGCGGACGAGCGGAACGAAAAUUGUUGCAGUGGAGCGAACUUCGCUCGGAAGAGCGACUCAGAUUUGUGGUGCGCAUGUCGCAGAGUGCAUCUCCAGUUUCCGGAAGCAAGUUCUUCCCUAUCAUCCCGCCAUCGAAGCGUGGGAGUCAACCAGCUCUGCUCAGAGCCACCCACGCGCGUGCGCCAUUGUGUGGUCCAGUGAUGACCGCUUGUGACCAGGAGGAUGAGCGCUUUUCGACGUCAUCCCGGAAAGGCCAUGGAGGCCAAAUCUUCUGUUUGGCGGAAAAGUUUUUGCAACAACCAGUCAGACCUAUUUAUUUCAGCGGAAUCUUCCUGCCGGGCAACCCCAGACAGCACGGUGAGAUCCGGCUUAGGAAAGUUUCGACAGCUAUGAAAGGGCAAACGAUAGUGGACUCCAAGGGCAAUCUUUCAUCCAACCAAUUUGAAGAGAUAACUGUACUGACUGUUCCAGUCCUCCGGCUAAGCGGUUGCAAUCGGUUCCGAUCCGGUCUAAGGAGACACGACGGCUGGCGCCGAAACCCUUUGGUCGAAACAACUGUCCACAUACAAAUAUCGUUCAAUGAACCGGUUCAAAAAUUCAAACAAGGGAAGAUCGAUUAUGUGAAGUGGUGAAAGGUAGAACAUCUACUUACAGAGAAAAAAAAACUUACAGAG